UUCCUCGAUCUCUAUCUUCUCUCUUAAGCCACCACUGCCUUUCAUUCCCUACUGAAAUUCUCUUCGAUCUUUCCAAAAAUGCCUAUGCAGCAUUAUUAUCAGCCGCGCCACGAGCAGCAGCUCUCCUACCAGGUCGCCAAGACGGCCACCGCCGUCACCAUGGGCGGCUCCCUCAUGCUGCUCUCCGGCCUCACUCUCACCGCCACCAUUAUCGGCCUCGUGGUUGCCACGCCCUUGCUUGUUAUCUUCAGCCCCGUGCUCGUCCCCGCAGCGCUCACCACCUUCUUCAUCCUUGCCGGGUUCUUGGCUUCCGGCAGCUUCGGCGCCACCGCCACCUUCGUCUUCUACUGGAUGUACAGGUACGCAACAGGGAAGCAUCCAAUCGGGGCGGACAAGAUCGAUUAUGCAAGGGAGAAGCUGAGUAAUGCAGCGCAGGAUAUGAAGGAGAAGGCGGAGCAGCUGGCGGCGCAGCCGGGGAAUAAGGGUACCACUCUGCAGGACAGCACUUGAAGGAGGCCUGGUUGGGGAUUAGCAUAUAUGCAGCUAUAUAUAUUGUACUGUUCGAGUUUUUGUGUGUGUGUGUUCCAUCUUUUUUGUUCUUGGCUGAAUUUAAUUUUAAUCUGAACUGCGUGUAGAUUUUGGUAGUAGAGAAGAUCAUCUUCUAUGAAUCUGUUAGUUGGCCGGUUGUUGUGCUUUUAAUAAGUAUUGUUGAAUUGUAGUUGUGGAUCGGAGUUGAUGACUGCCAAUGCGGAAAUGAAUUACCCAUUUGGGUUUGGAAUUGAAGAUGAUCGAGUAAUAAAAACUACAAUAUUGAGCCAUAA